AAUUUCAGCGAAGAUUAAGCCUUAGUCGCCGUUCUCGAGUUGCUUGCUCAAAUUAAAAAAUUGCACUGUAUCGUGACCUUAGCUUGACGAGGCAUGGAUCACUUGCUUUAUCACUAAUUCUACCAUGAACAUGACCUGGAUACACUGAUCCGUAUCAGAAAAGUGCCACAAAAUUUCAAAAGAUGUAAGCGGGUCACGCAACAUAGAAACUUGAGAUGGCUACGAGAUUUCAAGUCCUUACAAAUUGCAUGCCCAAGAAAAAGGAAAAUGGAGAAAUACCUACACAGUCUACGAAGUGGGUGGUAUUCCCUGAAAUAUGAUUAAAGUAUAGUGGCAAAUAGGUAAUCAAAACUCUUUAUAAAUCCCUUUGAAUAAUGCCCCAGAAAUUAACCCCACCAAACUUAAAAGAUCAAGAGAGCAAAUGGUGAGCGCCCCGUCCUUCCUAAAAACCUUGCACCCUCUUCAAGUUUUCUCUACAAAGUCACCAUCUUCUACCUUAAGCUCCAUGAAGACCAAAACCCUAAUUCACACCCUUAUCAUCUCACACGUGUGCCGCAUCAUUCGAGCUCUAUCCAAAGCAAAAUCCAUUUUCGUUGAGAUUCUUAAAGAAAACCAACCUUUACACUUCCUUUUCCCUACAAAGAACUCGAAAAGGAAGAACAGGAGUAGGAAGAUAUUCCUUGGUUCAUUUAGGUUGCACUAUAACUGGUGCUCUUCACAUGUGUUGCCAAUGUCAGAACCAGUUCUUGAUGGAUUCUCUGCUUCCCAUUUCUAUUAUGACUCUACGUGGAACUCAAUAAUCACAAAUGAGCAGUAUGAGGACAAAACCGAGUCUCAGCUUUCAGGGUACCUUCACUGGCUAGAAGAGAAAGUUGAUGACGAGGAUUCUGGUGGCACUGAGAAGGAUAUCAAUCGGCUAGCGGAUUUGUUCAUUGCAAGCUGCCAUGAAAAGUUUAUAUUGGAGAAGCAGGAAUCCUACAGGAGAUUCCAGGAAAUGAUGGCUAGAAGCAUGUGAAUGUGAGGGUUGUUUUUGUUUAAUUUUUCUUUCCCUUUCCCAUUCUUCUAUGUUAGAACAUUGGUGUGGUGAGGAAAGUACAUACUGGUGAUAAUGGGGUGCAAGGGGUUUAUCUUUUUAGGUUCUUUAUCUUUCGAUCUUGUGCUCUUCUUUUUUGUUCUUUUUUUUCUUUUCUUGAAAUGGUGGGAGCAUAGAUAGUUUUACAUGAUAUAGAGAAGGGGAAAGGGGAGAUUUGUGCAAUUCCUGGCCGCUAGAAACAUGAUAAUGCUUGCCACCUUCAAGGUUGCAGUGGUGGAAGUGUGGUUUGUUAAUCUAUCAUUGAAUUGCUUUAAAAUUUCCUUUUUUAAAAAAAAAUUUGGUGUUUCUAUACAUGUCGGAUCUCCAUAGACAUAAUUUCCGUCAUCUACUUGCUUAAAGUUAUCCUCUUAAGCUUGGAAA